UUCGUCGGCCGAGCAGAAAACGUUGUUCUUCUACCACAAUUUUACGCUGUAGCAAAUAAAUCAACAAUAUAGGGAAAAAAAACACCGUCUCAGUAUUGUUUAAACGCAACGCAUCGCUUUCGUAAUUUGGUUUCCGCGUACGCAGAGUACUGGCUUGCCUGCUUUUUUCGAGGGAAAAUCGUAUUCGGAUUUUUUUUCCGUUCAAGCUGCAAACGCCAAGCAGGGAACAGCCGGGAUAGAGCAUCGGAAGUUGUUUCACCUCUGCUUUUCAUCUCUAUCUUGCUUCAGUAUCUCGCUUUUCGGUCGCGGAUAGAGAUCUUCUGCGUUUAAGGUGUGCCUCGAAGGAAAUCUUGAAGGAAUAUCACGACGUAACUUCAACCGCUUUGGUGCCACAGCAUUCGGAACAGGACGCGUCGGGGAAGGAGAAAGAGUAAAAGUGUGUCGUGGAAAUCGUGGAAGAAACGGAGGCUGCUGUCUCUGUAGCCUUUGGCACAGUCGUGGAAAUAGUGGAAAAUAACGGAUAAUUCUCGCACACUCUCGUUGGAGGAUGCAGGUGCAGAGCAAAUAGUGCAAUUUGCUGUUCCUACCCUUCCGGGCGUCUUUCGAGAGCGGUGUUGCCGCUGCUACUGAAACUGGCAGAAGUGCGAGGAAGUGUGCUGUGAAAGUGCUAAAGUUUUACUUGUUUCCCCCAGAGGAAGAAAAAAGAAGCAAAAUCUAGAGUGGGAAAGAUUUCUUUCUCGAAUAAGCGACACUUUCGCACGGUCGGGCGUUGCUCUGUUCAAACCAUCAUUUAACGCCGCCCUCGUCGCUGCUGCCGUUGUCGUCUGGCAGAGAUAAGAGUGUGCGGAUAAUUUUCCAAGUGUAACCGGAGGAUUGUUUACGACGAAGAGUGCACCAACUAGAAGGGCCCUCUGGAGUGGCUUCUUGUUGCCGGGUUUGAGGAUUUUAAUUAUUCACCACUACCAUCGCCACGAGGAACACAAGGAAUACAGUGCGGGGAAAACUCAAAUUGGUGCCAUUCAGGAUUUCAAGGGGGGUGAAAAUAGACCUUAAUUGAAUACAAGCCGGGUGAGGAAUACGUGCAACAUCGGGGCGCUGAUUAUCAUUAGUGAAAUAGAUGAUCAAAAAUUGAUUUUCCAUCUCCCAUCUGCGAACUCAAGCUCUGUUGGCAGCCAAUACGAAAAGUCGAUGCAGUGCGAAUGAUAUUAGCUGGUGAGAUCGAGGGUGACGGUUCCAUCUGGUGGUAAUAAGGGCACAAGAGUGGUGGAGACCACAGGUGAAAGGUGCGGUAGUGACACGUGAUUCAGCAUAGGCAAAAUAUCCAAAACCAGAUAGUUGAAUGAGUAACAGCGCAAUGGUUGCGGUUGCCAUCUGCUGUAUACUGGUACUGCUAGCAGUAUUCAUCGUACUGAUUAUAGUGGUCGGACAGACAAUGGGCGAACCGAAGUGAGAUAAGCUCCAACUGGGGCCAGGUCACUACGCCGAUGGAUAGCCAAGGCCCCCCGGCUGUUAGAAUUCGGAAUGCUUUUGUUCAACUAGCGUCGAUAUGCGACCCGCUGAACCGUUGCUAAACGCUACCAUGUACUACCAAUCCACCAUCUACCCACCAUCAUCGACCUUGGUGCGAUAACAGCAACUACUGCAACGGUCAGCUGACGUCCUGAUCUGUUCAAGAUCAUUACCAAUACCACCGGGAGCUACAAGUCCAAUACGGCAAAGGACUUGACGACGAGGUAGAGGAGAUUCCCACAGACUGACGCGUGCCAAUUCCAAUUGCAGAAAGCUACGAGACGGUGAAUAUUGUACAACCGAAAACGGAUAACCUUAACGCAUACACCCCUACUAAACUGUAAACAGCCUAAAAUACUACUAUUCCUCGUAGCUUACCUCAAAUACAAUGCCACCAAUGUUGGUAUCUAACCCUAGUAGUUCGAUCUAACGACGAUCCAAAUCCUUCCCCCAGAUCACAUGGAUUAUUCUACCCCUAGCAAAUCACUACUCACCACACCUAUACUCUCUACCUAGCGAAACACGCGCAUGUAUCUUUCAACGAGGAAAAAACACACAAACACAUGCGAGCCAAAAAACAUACGUAUUCUUGUAGUGGACGACGACACAACGCCACCAACAUCUGGUAAAUAUCAAUUCUAGCAAAAAUCAAAUUCCAAACUAUGAACAAAACACGGAAUAAAAUCUUUCCCAGCAAUUCUACACAGCCAAGUUCGGGGGCUUCAAUCUAUUGCACUCUCACUAAACACUAACUCACUCAAACACACAUUCACACACAUGAUUCUACUAUAUAUCAGAGAAAAUAAAUCUUAGGGUUAGUGAGCUUAGGAGCAAAUAUUGCUCUCGAUAAAUUUUAGUCAAGAACAAAGAGAAAGAGAAAAAAAGAACACACACACAUAUCGUUGAAUAUUAAACAAAUGAACAAACAAACAAAAAACCAAGAAAAAUCGUGUUUAAAUAGCAAAUAGUACCAACUAAGAGCAUGAUGAACUCCUCACUCCUCGAGCACCGGAGCGCACCAUGACACAAAUACAUACAACAGAACAUCAUUUCCGAGCUCGAGAGGAACUGUCAUCAUGGGAAAGUAAGGCCAUUUUGCCAUCACCACAAUUAUGGUUCGAUCAGCGCUGUCACCAAUACAGGCAGAGCGCGAUGUGUGUCGCCUGCAGUGAAUUGAAGCGUUUAGGAUUAAGGAUUCCAGCGCCGUUUAUCUAGCGAAGAGAGAGAGAGAGAGACAAGGUAACUGUUGUUUAACAGAUAAACUAAUUCGUAAAUGUUGAAAACAACAUGUUUAUAUUAUUAGCCUUAAGAUUAAAUCCCGGUUUGGUUGGAUUUCGCAACACAGUAGGUUAGUGAUUGUGGGCGAGACGUAGUGAUAUAUUUAUACUCUCCUCGGAGUGUCGAACCGGAGUCGUUGAGAGUUGUGCUAAGCCGUUCGAUUAGCGAUUCCUGCGAAAACGAAAAAAAACAUGUGCCAAACCGUGAACAAACAAAAUAUAGACAAAAAUUUAUAUACAUAUUAAUUGUAGAGGAACGAUCAUGGUUGUGUGUUGAAAAUCAUGGUAGACUAGUUAACAGUAGAGGAAACAAUGGCUGCCGUCGGUGGGUUUAAGAAGUGAGCCUUCUCGCAAACUAGCUGUACUCGAGUAAAAGACGCUUAGACAUUUGUUCACCCUAUAAACAAUAUUCAGUUGAGUCAAUUCAAAGCAGAACUCUGAAAAAAAAUUAAAUUUUGAAUAAAAAAAAUAACACUGUUGUAAUUCAUCUCUGACUGCUACUUGACACCACUAGAAUCUCUUCAAAUUGGUUGCGAGCCACCUUGGCAUUGUUCUUCCUACGCUAAACGACGUCUUUCAAUGACUAACUUUCCCAUUUCAACUCGGCGUCCGAAGGGGCAUCAUUAAAUUAGUUCCUCCUCGGAAUCUGCUAGUUCUCCACAGGCCCCAUUUCCACUAAUUAAAAUGAACCCGGACCUGGCAAUAUAUCCUCAGCGACGGUAGGAGAUGGAAAAACACAAAUCCGAAAACCGCGUGGUGCCUUGCACCCCCCACCCCGAUCGGAUCAUAUUUCCACCCGGAAGCAGAUACUCUAUAAACAUGAUUACAAUUUCCCUGUACCGUCUUGUGCGGUCCUUUGUGGUUACGCUCAUAGCAAUUAUUAUCAUUGUUCCCAACUUUAUAACAAUGUGGGUUGGAGCUUGGAGCAGCCAUUAAAAUCGGGCCAAAGCCACCUAGUUAGCGAGUGAAAAAGGAUGCCGCUAUGUGGAUGUUCUCUUCGGUGCUGCUGGAAAAUGGGAUCACUUUUUAAUUAAGCAUCUCUCUGUCUUACUCCCCCUUCUAAAGGAGCUUUUGUUCGUGGUUCCAUUAGUUUUCUGUUACCGCGUGCAGAAAAAAGAUUGACCCACAGGAAUAUAGAAUUUUGGCAGUAAUCUCGGCUUUCAUGAAAAACUUUCGAUCAAAUUGCCCGAUAGAAACCGAGCAUUCAAUGAGCGAUAACAGAAAACCAGGUCAACAAGUUUUGCGUUCCUGUGAAGUAAAUUUAGAUCAAAGUCAACCCUUCCCGCCAUUUAGCAGAUAAUUCCCUCCACUGAUGCUGAUGCUGCCAGGGAAUGCUCAAUCAAUCUGUUCUGCUUUUGCUGCCUAUCAACAUGCUUGUAGGAGUGAAGAGAGCGGCGGUGCGUUUUUUUUCCACCCGUCUGCCACUCAAAUGAGAGGCUGCAGCGGCAGCAGCAUCAACCGCUCGCGCUCCACAUCUGACAGUGAAUAGGAAAAAGCACUUUCUGAAAUCAAAUCUUCCCAUCCCCGGCAAGUGACAGGCGGAUUCUCCGCCCUCUAUCUGUGUACCAAGCAGACAAGCGGUAUCUUAUUUUUCAGUUUUUUUUCGAAAAUAAUAAAAUGGCAGUGAGAGUGAAAAGAAACACACGUUCGUUUCCUUUCCUUUCGUUACUCCUCCUCAUUCGGUGGUCCACUAUUCCUCAGUUUGACAGUUUUCUUCGCUUCGGCAGCGCAGGCGGCGCUCACAUUCCGUUCCGAGAAGAGUUUGUCAAAAGUGCUGGGUGAUGGUUACAGUGUUUCCUUUUUCCUACCUUGCAAUGCGAGGAUGAUGAUGAUCAGCUUGUCAAAAUGACGGAGGGACGGACGCCGGGGUGCGCCGGACUGAUGGGGGGUAGGGUUGAGGAAAAAAUUCCAUUGUUACGCCUCAGGGUUUUCUUGGGAAUCAGGUUGCUCCACUUUCCACGCUGGAAAUCUUCACUGGUCUUCCUUUCCUACCCUUACUAAAAGUGUAUUGCUGCUGAAGCGCUUUCGAGGAACCACUGCUCGGCCCGAAUCCUCAUACAUACACACCCAUUGAAUUUCAGCUCUCCACUUGGAACUUGGUUGCGGGGCCACUUUUGUUAUGGGAGGUCUUUGUCUGUUUGUCUGUGUAAUCAAACUUCAACCAUCACGUGGUCGUUUAGUGUUGACAGCCGAGGGGUCGGGCGGUCGGUGGAUCUUCGGGACUGCGGGAACGGAUGCGAUUUUAUGACAAGGAAAGGACGAAUAAUUUCAAUGACACGUGGUUUGAAUUGGGUACCGGGAAGCUGUUGUAUUGAGAACCUUAAAAUGUUUCAUUUUGAAGUACUCUAAGUGAAACUGAAAAAGGCAGUCCUCUACAUCUUGUAAUCUUACAAUAAGUAAACUUAUUUUUAGGCAAAACAUUUUUAAUCUUAAAAUCCAUUUUUAUUGAUCAAUCAAACAAAGAAACCCGGCAAUGUUUAAGCAUCCUUCUUUUUACAGUGUGCGAACAAAAACAAGUAAAAAUAAUGAUCAUUGGAAAUAUGCUCUGACCUUCGACUUCACGCCUUUCAUUAGGUUUUGUACAGUGGAUUGAUCCGCUUUCUUGGACGAAACGUCGCCUAGACUUGACAGUCUACGGAACAGUUUCGAAGGAUCAAGAAGCCUACAAUAAUUCCUAGUGUUCCAAAAUCUUCGAUCCCGAUCUUUUGCCGAAUCUGGAAACUUGUUCAUACUUCCCGAAUGUGACUAAACGAUAACGUGAGGCUGACUAUAGUAAAAUCCAAUCAAGUUAGGUCAACUGGUUAAUGGUCAAUGUUCGGCUGCCUGAUUCCUGUCGCUAAAAUCCUCUCUUUUCCCUUCGAAUGAUCAUUCGGCACUUUGUAGUCAUCGGAAGCUUUCGUGCUGAUAUCGUCAGUGAAGUUUUUAAUGAAGUGCCUGAACCAUUAAAGUCAAACAUAAAACUGCAUAAAAUAUCUAUGACAAUACGACCUAACUUUGUUUAUCAUAUGAAAUUUUUGAAUACAGUCUUACUAAAAUUUAAUCGCAGUGUAUUCACAUUUCGAUCACAAAUCGAUUAAAAUUCGAUCAUAUUUUGAUUGCCAUCCCAAAUCCUGUUUUGUCCGCCAGGAUUGAGUAGGAUAUAAUGUCAACGAUCGACCCCAAAUAGUGCCACCUCGCAAUCGAUUUGUCGACCUUUCAUGAGCGCUCGACAAACAAUUUGAUGGCAGUUUCUUGCCAACAUGUGCAAGGCAUCGACCUGUUUGCAGCGCCUCUUGUUCGUAUUGACGAAUUUACGUUGGAUUUGCAACCAGAUGGCGCAGCGAGUAAAAUGAUGAUGUUUUGUUUUUUUUAGGUAUGAAAUUCGUUCAAAUUUUUUUAGAAAAAUCGAAAUUUAUCUUUAAAUUUCCUGGUUUCACGUAUUCUUUCUACGCUAAAAAGGUUUGAUAAUCGCCAUUUCACAAUAUGGUAUGUAUAUUUCGAAGAAUUGCUUGGUAUAAGUGUCAUAACUUUAAUUUUUUUCAACUAGGUAAACGAUGAGUAGCAUGUGUUGCGCCAAAAAUACUGCAAACCCUUCUCGUAUCGUUCCUCACAUUAUCAAUGAUAUCAUCCAACUUAAUAUAAUAUCGAUUCCAUCACCAUUAUCCACAGUAUUCAUAAUCUGUAUACAUUAUCAAACAUAAAAUUUUCUAAGAUUAUCAAUGACUUUCGUUCAAUCGCAUGUUGAAACCAUCUUUAAUAUACAAAGCCCUAACUUUCUUACCAUAUACUGAUGACAUUUGGUUCAAAAUUCGGAUUUUUAGCGGUACGUAAUUUGUGCACGACACCAAAGCCGAAAUAGAUUCCAUACUCCAACUGGUUCAACUGAUCCAGUUGUUUUGGUAUGAGAUGACAUUUUCACGGAGAACAAGAAACAACCAACAGCGAUUGGCGAUCUAACGUAAAAAUCUACACCUAGGCGGCGCUGCGGUGAAAGUGAUGAUGGGACCUUCUAUUUAGAUGAAAUUAUAGGCUCAUAUGAAGGCUAAAAGGUUUGCUAUCUGUCUUCAGAAUAAUGGUUUUUAUUUCUCUAAAAAUGACGAAUGUAUGUGCUAAUAUAUGAAAAUUGACUCAAACUCAUAAUCGUACGCUGGUUGAAAUCUCUAUUCGAUUUCUAAGGCGUUGGCCAAAUUCCUAAUUCCAUCAUUAGUAUAGUAUCCCUUGUUCAUUGCAACUAUCUUUAGUUGUAUUUAUUCGGAAGGUAUAUUUAUCAAUUUUUUCAUUAAGUGAUUUUUAAAACCGUUAUUUUUAGAAAUUUAAUGGUUUCUAAAUUUCCUACAUAGAUAACUUCCUUAGUUUUUUUUUACUGGAAUUGAUGUCGGAAGAUUGUGGAGGCAUAUCAAUAACUUUUGAGUAAUUGUAAUGAAACCAUGUGCGAACUUCAUAUGUCUUGAGCUCUGGGUCAUUGUCUUGGCAAAACUUGAAUACUCGAUUCCAUCACAUUUUGUUGACACUUUACUUUAUAUUUUCCUUCAGGAUGUUCAAGUAAACAUUCUGAUCCAAUACACCAUCGAUGAAAACCCAAUUCCUCAUACAUGCACCUUCAUAUCAUCUCUCCACCACCACCAUGUUUAAACGGUGCUUUCAGAUUUUUUUUACGUUUAAUUCAUCGUUGGCUUCCUUUAUAUGAAACGAUAACCAUCGGACCCAAAAAUAUCAAAUUAGAACCCAUCUAUGGAAAUAACAUCUUACCAGUAAGACAUUGAUGUGUUUCAUGUUGUUUGGAAUAAUCAAAUUGGAGUUACUGAUCUUUUUUUGCCGAGUAACGGUUUGUUCCUCUGUGUUCGGGCAUUCAAGCUGCGCUUCCUAGACACGUUACAAACUUUUUAUUUGCUCAAUUUGGGUUUUAUCGAUGGUAUAAUGGAUCAGAAUGCUUACUUGAACAUCCUAAAGGUGUUGCAUGUAGCAAAAAAGAGAUGGAAUCGAGGAUUCAAGUUUUGCUAAGACAAUGACCCAGAACAAGACAUAUGAAGUUCGCGCAUGGUUACAUUACAAUUACUCAAAAGUUAUUGAUAUUCCUCCACAAUCUUCCGACAUCAAUCCCAGUAAAAAACAAAGGAAGUUAUUUGAGUAGGAAAUUUAAAAACCAUUAAAUUUCUAAAAAUAACGAUUUUAAAAAUCACUUGAUGAAAAAAUUGAUAAAUAUUCUUUCCGAAUACACCAAAAAAUUCGUAUAUAAGGCUAAAGACAGCUAAAGAUAGUUGUAAUAAAUAAAGGAUACUAUACUAAAGAUGGAAUUCGGAAAUUGGCCAACGCCUUCGAAAUUGAGUUUAGAUUUCAACCAGCGUACGAUUAUGAGUUUGAGUCAAUUUUCAUACAUUAGCACAUACAUUCGCCAUUUUCAGAAAAUUAAAAACCAUUAUUCUGAAAUCAGAGAGCAAAACCUUUAACCAUCAUAUGACACUACAAUUUAAUCUGAAUAGAAUGUCCCGAAAGCUUGUUUUCGACUUUCAAAAAAAGGGAAAAGAGAUCUGCAUGGAGGUGUUCGAUUACGGAUUUGAGUCACAUUAUAUAACAUGUUAUUUUCUUACCUCUUUCAUUUGUGAAAACUUUAUAAACAUUGACAACGGUUGUAUAAAAAAAGGAAAUUCGAGAGCACAAUCAAAAACAAGAUGAAAAAUGCAGGGUUACUGCAUGUGAGAACUACCUUGGAAAGCCCGGAAGAAAAAUAUAGGUGAUUUAUUUUUGAGUUUUAGGUUACAUUAUCAUCAUUUUCCUAGUUCAAAAUCAAAAUCCAGAUGUCUUACCGAUCGUUUACGUUUUGCGUUAGAUCGCCAAUUGACGAAUUUACGCAAAGCUGAAUCAGCUCAUGCGACAUCUACAUUAGAGCUCAGAACCACAAAAGUGAGGGUGUUUGUUUAUUAUACGCACUGAAAAGCAAGAUACGGUUAUGAUUAUUCAUUUUAUUUCAAUUUAGAUGCAUUUCAGCCAUUAAAUGUCGUCAGUAUAUGGUAAGAAAGUUAGGGCUUUGUAUAUUCACAAUGGUUUCAAUACGGGAAUGAACCAGUGUCAUUCAUAAUCUUCGAAAGUUUUGAGUUUGAUAACGCAUACAGGUUAUGCAUACUGUGGAUAAUGGUGAUGAAAUCGAUAUCAUAUUAAGUUAGAUGAUAUCAUUGAUAAUGUAAGGGUCGAUACGAGAAGGAUUUGCAUUUUUGCAUUUGUAUUUUUAGCGCAACACAUGCUACUCAUCGUUUAUCUAGUUGAGAAAAAAUAAAAGUGACAACACUUAUACCAAGCAAUUUUUCAAAAUAUACAUACCACAUUGUAAAAUGCCGAUUUUCUAACCUUUUUAGCGUAGAAAGAAUACGUGAAACCGGGAAAUUGGAAGAUAAAUUCUGAUUUUUCUCGAAAAUUUGAACAAAUUUCAUACCAGAAAAACAAAACAUUAUCAUUUUACUCGCUGCGCCAUCUGGUAGUAAAUCCAACGUAAAUUCGUCAAUACCGUUUCGGUUCAUAAAUUCUCGCCUAACUUUUGGAAAGGUCCUAUGUAACAAAUGAAAACAAAUCGAGUCAAUGGAUGCACGCUUCUAGUUUUCAAUCAUUGUAUGCAUUACAAAAACAAUCAUUCACGAAUCUAUAUUCUUCCUUUUAUCUCCGAUACAAAACAUCUCCAAUGUACAGAUUCGGAUUUUAAGCACUCGACUGCUACUUCGGACGCCACUUUACUCCGAAGCUCGAAAAGUUCGAAGUAACAAAGCAGUCAAAACAACACGAAGUCGUGCUUCGGUCGUUUUGAGUUUUUGUUUCCGUUGUUAUCGAUUUCAGUGCAAUUCGAUGUGUGAUAACAAUAAUAAUCUGUCUUUGUAACGAAAUGUUGAUAUCUGGAUUGUUGUUUAGUAGUUAGUUUCAAAUUCUUAUCUCGCAACGUAAUAUGUCCAAUAUGCAAACGCGGGAGUCAAAACGUCCAAUGUAGAAUAUUUCGAACCGAGGCUUUAACUUUAAGCUCAAAUCACGGAACAACAGUUACGAUUGGUUUUGCAGAGUAAUUAUUGACUGCUAGUGGUGAAAGUAGUGAAAAAGAAAUCCUUUUAAGAUAAUGUUACAUUGGACCUUUUCAAAAGUUACGCGAGAAUUGUUCCGAACCAAUAAACUAAAGGCAAGGGGACGCAAAACGGAGAUGUUGUUCCAUGCUAGGUCGAAAUACCGAUUCAUCGAUUUCAAUCUGGGACGAUCAGGAAUUUCACCAGACAAGACACUUUCUUCCAAAUGACAGUUUGCUCCGAGUUGUUGUAAUCAAAGCUCCUACGAGAUGUUUCCUCGAUCAACUCGGGGCUUUUUGGCAGUGUAUUUCCGCAAAUGAUUUUCCUUCUGAUGCUUCGGUUUUUGUACUUAGAAAGCAAAUAUAACCUUGAUUUAUAAAUUGUGGUAACAAUGUUUAUGGAGCGAAAGUUUCUGGAGCUUUCACUUCCGCACGAGCAAGCGAUGUCCGGUAAUCGUUCGAUUAAUCGACUAAUCGAAUACAUACUACACAAUCGAUUAUUAUUCGAACGAUUACACAUCUUUUGUCAGUGGACAGUUUUCGUUGAAAUUAGUUUAAUCCUGUCGAUCCUGGUGUUUUCUUGAAAAUAUUCUAAAUCUGUGUUUUUUACACGAAGAGACCCAUACUUCAUUUUACCCAACAGUUUAGUACGUAGCAUUUUUUUCCCACAUUAACUUUCGGAAUUGACUUUCUUUUUUGUCACCUUUGUAUAUUAUAAAUACUCUGUCCAAACGUAUUGCUGUCAAAUAAGUCAUUUUCAUUAUUUUUCAAAUUUCAUAGUUAUCUUCUGAACAAUCCUCAUCGAUAAAAUUAAAAUCCAGGCGGACGUGUUCCGAAGAAUAUGGACGAAAGCAUAAUGAAUGUUCCGAAUAGUUAAAUGACCGCUCCCGGUAUACUAGAAUAGAUAGCAAAACAGCAAAGAAUCUUAUCAGUAUGCAAUGGAAUUGUAGAGAAGCCUAAUGCAGCUGGCUAUGUACCGAUGAGGAAGGCGUUUCAUUUUCAGCAGCGCUCAUCCUUGAGCAUAAACAACAUCACAAAUGGAAUUGACGUUCAUAGCGGAAUUUCUGGGUUAUUUAUAUUAAUUGAUUAGUAGAGUUUUUUUUUUCAAAUUGAAGUUAUUACAAACCCUUGUUUUAUACUGAUGAAGGAUCUCGCGCUUAAUCGAUUGAUCGAUUGUUUUGAGGCGAUUAAUAGUAUUAAAUAACAAAGAAAAAAUAUAACAAAGGAUGAAUAAUUUAAAAAACAGACAUCACUACUCGGAGCUUUUAGGGCAAACAUUGGAGCCAGAUUUCUGAAGCGCCCGUUGUAAAAUUAUGUCGAAUGUAUUUCUUUAAUAAAAUUUUCAUAAUAUUUUCAUUUUCAUAAAUUUAAUAGGUGUUCCUGUUAAAAAUAUCGAAACACUCAAGUAUUUAAAGUAUCCUCUACACUACUGUAUCGGCAUUUGGGUAUUCGAACAGCUGCCUCGUAUUGAGUUAAUGUAUUGAGGAAUGCGUUUUAGUGCACUCUUGGCUGUAGAUCUCUAAGUCCAUGGGCUUGUUUAUAAAGCAAACCUUGGGUUUCAAUUGAAAACUGUUAAACUAAAGUUUUUGCUGGUGAAUUCAUCUGCGAAAACGAGCUUUUCCUGGCAUGGAACCUACCGAUACAGACAUUUUAAUGUGUGCUUCAUUGUCCCUGAAUGAGUUAUUUCGGCACUUCAUGAAAAGUUACUAUUACAACGUCAAAUAGUUUGUUGUCAAAAUAUUCCAGAUAUUACUACUAGUAGCGCUGCUGUAAAAUGAGCAGUCAUUCCGUACAUAAAUUGAAUCUAGGUCUGAUCAUUCGAUAGAAAAAUUCAAGUUAUGCUGUUUCAGAAGACAGAUAUCUUUUAAAAGCUAGAUUUACAAUGCUUUAAUUUCUACAUGAAAAUAAGGAAUCAAACAAAAACAACUUUUCUAGGCCAGUGAAAAUCCAACAUCCGAAAUAAUUUUUUCCUUCUUCAAACGAUUAAAAGAAAAUACUCCCCCUACUUCACACAACCUACAUGAACCAUUUUAUUUUUCUUCAUGUGUAUUGUUUUCGCUCCUCAGAGCCUGUGCACAAUUGACAGUUCGCCCAGCGAAAGUAAGUCUCCUCGACAAUUGCUAGACCCUCUUCCGACCAACCAUUAAUCCCGACACGCUUUGUUCGCAUCCAUCAACCGGAAACUUCCGGUCCGGGUUUUAAAUCAAGUACUAUUCCGCUCCUGGGGAUAGCUUAGUGCCACAUAGCCCCAAUCCGAGCUCGGCGAGUGCACAAACAGCUAGCAACGAGUUUGCGAAAAGGAUCACAGGCUUGAGACCUGACGACUGUCUGCCAUGAAGAAGGAUGGGUGGGUUGUAUGUUGAGAUUUAUGCAGAGUGUGCGAGAUGAAGCACGCCCCCGCCCAAAAAAAAAACAGCGAAGGCAGAGAUGUAAUGAUAGUUAACGUUUUGCGAUAAUAUAUGUGGUUUUCUGUGUUUUCAGACCGAGUAGUAGCCGAGUAACACAACAAAACAAAACAACACAGGAUGAAACAGAGUCACAAACAUGCAGACACAAACACAUACACACACAAAAGUGCAGAUAAAACUCAAACAAUAACUUGACUGUUGAACAUAUUUACAAGUUUACAAAAGAAACAGUUGAAAAAAAUAAAUCCAGAUGUGUUGUUUGAUAUUAAAGCUACUGGUGAAUGUUUAAUUAUAUUUUGAUACCAAAAUAGAGAAGAGAAAAUACGAAGAGUAACAUUAGUAGCGGUUUUUCAGUAAUCCUCGACGGUUGAAAGGGUUACCAAAUACAUAUAUAUGAAGAUGGGAAAAAAACCAAAUGACUGACAAAAAAAAAGAAA